AUGAAUAGCGAAGCAGUUUUACAAGAAGAAGCAGUGGCAAGACUCUAUGAAUUUGGAAAGGUAAGCGAUGCUGAAGGCUAUCUUGAGCGGACCUUUUUGGGUCCAGCGUCUAUAAGGCCUCAGCCGGAGCCAGUCCGAUGCAGUUCCCGUGUGCUCUGCCGCACAUCAGUCUUCUUCUUGGUGUGCGUCCUCUUCCGUCUCAUUGGUCACCUUCGGAUCAUGCAUCUAGAUCUUGCUCGGGUGUUCCAGGCGGAAUCAGACGUGGAGUCGGUGUUGGAGGAGCACCUGCACAUCAGAAGGCAUCUCCGAAUCAUCAGCCAUAGGAGUCGCGUGUUCAUCCUAUUUGCUCUCAUGCUCGUCAUCGCCAGUCAUGUAGCUUCCCUCCUCAGCACCACUCGCUCUCGCGCCGACGUCAAUAUGUUCACCGCCAGUGAACUUGCUCUGUGCUCCAUCACGGUUGCGACAGGACUGCUGGAGUUGUUCUGGGGUGCAACGAAGAUCAACAAGGCGCAGGCCACCACGUGCCUUGCUGCUAAGUGGCACGUAUGCGCCACAAUAGACUCAUUCGAAUCCAGCGAACCCGAGAACCCAAGGACCCGGAUUUCCUACCCACGUGUUCCACUCCUCUACUCCCAUGCAACUUUUUAA